GUUGUAGGGCCUGCCCAGCACGGCACUGAGGGGGCUUUGCCUGGGUCUCCCAGGCACUGGGGUGCCGGCAGGAUGGCGGAUGCACGGCAGGAUUUCCUGGAGAGCUUUGCCCUGCACCUGAUGAGCAUCCGGCCCGACAAGUGGAACAAGUUCAUGGGCAGUGAGGAGACCGUGGCUGUGCUGAACGAGUUCUUUGGGCAGGAGGACGUGCUGGAGCUGGUGCUGGGGCUGCAUCCAGCUGGGCAGCUCCAGGCCACCCCCUGCUUCCCCCCAGCCCUCAGGGGCAAGGGUGUCUACUUCGUGAAGGAGAAGAAGGAGAGCAUCACCCAGGAGAACUACCGGAGCGGGCUGCUGGUGGGGGACAUCGGCCCCUCGCCUGUGGAGCACUUCAUCACCGUGGUGGAGGAGAUCGUGGCCCCCCUGCUCCUGAGCGAGGAGAACACGGCCGGCUGGCCCGGGGGGGUGGUGGAGGACGUCACCAGACAAGUUCAGCGGCUGAGGAACGAGAACCUUGUGAUGGGCGGGAAGAUGCAGGGGAAGCCGCUGCUCCCGCUGCCCAAGCACCUGGAUGUUCAGGAGGGCUCCAGCACCGUCCUCGACUGCCUGGCAGGGUCCAUGGACGUUUCGGUGCUGCAUGCCACAGAGACCAUCGUCACUGAGUGGUCCCAGCAGAUCAGGGACAUCCUGAGCAAGGACUCGGCAGAGCCGCUGCUGGAGGGGCUGCACCCCCUGCCCAGGGCCGAGUUUGAGUUCUGGCACACUAGGACAGUGAACCUGCAGUGCAUCAAUGACCAGCUGCUCUCUCCACGGGUGACAGUUCUGGCAGAGAUGCUGGAAAAGGCCAACAGCUGCUUCUGGCCGGUGCUGCAGAGCAUGUUCCAGGACGUCAGUGCUGGCCUGGAGGAAGCCAAGGACAUCAGCUUCCACCUGCAGCCACUCCGCAUCCUGCUGGAAGAGAUGGAGCAAGCGGAUUACUCCGAGCUGCAGCCCUGCCUGGACCGGGCGCUGUGCGCCCUCCGCCUGCUCCGGGCCAGCUGCCGGCACUACGGCUCCCCCCCACGCGUGCUCGUGCUCCUGCAGGAGAUCUGCAACCUCCUCAUCCACCUGACCCGGAACUUCCUGAGCCCCGAGGACGUGAUGAAGGGGCUGCAAGGAGAACCUGAAGAGACCUUGAGGGCAAUCAAACUGAGCAUCUCCACCAUAGAGAACCUCUUCCAGUCCUACAACACUUACUGCUCCGACCUGGUGCCCACGUUGUUCCCGGAGGACCCGCACCUCUGGGACUUCCCCCCCAGCAUCAUCUUCAGGAGGACAGAGUCCUUCCUGCACAGGCUCAGGAUGAUUGAGGACCUGUACCAGACAGCUAUGGAGUUCCUGAAGCUGGAGAAGGCAGAGCUGGGAGGAGUGAAAGGAAACAUCCUCGGGGCUCAGGUGUUUCAGAUCUACACCGAGGUGGCUGAAAUCAUCAAGGUUUUUUCUGACUGCAGAUACGACUCCUUGGAUCCCACCGAGGAGCAACUGAACACAGACUUUGUGGAGUUCCAGAAGAGGAUUGAGGACAUCGACAGGCGGCUGGCCACCAUCCUCUGCCAAGGCUUCCAGGGCUGCAGCUGCCUGACGUCCGCUGUGAAGCUGGUGCACAUGUUUUCCCACCUGCUGGAGCGACCUCUGGUAAAAGCUGCGCUGUCCCCUCACUACUCAGCCCUGCUGGGGAUGUUUAAGGCCGAGCUGGAGGAUGUGAAGGUGCUCUAUGACACCCACAUCUCCUCCCCGCUGCCGCGCGGGACGGGCCCAGCCAUCAGUAAAAACAUGCCACCGGUGGCCGGGCAGCUCAGGUGGGCUCUGGAGCUGCAGGAGCGCCUGCAGGGGCCCUACAAGGACUUGUUCUCCAUCAACCACCCGGUGAUGCUCAGCCCUGAAGCCAAACUGCUGGCCGAGAAGUACGAAGAGAUGAUGGGGCUGCUGCAAGGCUUCCGUGAGGACGUCUACAUGGAGUGGGUGCAGGGGCCCGGAAAGGACUGCCGCUUCAGCCUGGAGCAGCCCCUGAUCCUGCGGGACCCCAGCUCUUCCCUCCUCAGCGUGAACUUCAGCAAAGAGCUCAUGGCUGUGCUGCGGGAGGUGAAGUACCUGAACUUGCAAGGGAUGGAUGUCCCGAGCAGCGCUGAGGCCCUGUUUGCUCAAAAUGAGAUGUUCCAACAGUUUGUGGACAACCUGAACCUUAUCACUGGCUGGUACAAUGAGGUGAAGCUGAGGCUGCUGCCAGUGGAGCUGCCGCUGGUGGCGGGGGAGCUGGAGGCCGUGGAUGAGCAGCUCGCCUGCGCAGAGAGCACCCUGUUCUGGCACCAUGAAGGCGUCAUGGAGUACAUCCAGCAGAUGAGAGGUGUCUUGUAUGACUUGCAGAGCAGGGUCCAGAAGGCAAAGUUAAACGUGGAACACAUCACCCAGCUGAUAGAGGUGUGCUCAGCAGAUCCCUUGUUCCAAAGGAAGGACAAGAAGGAAACAGCGCUCCUGGACCUGGAUGGGCGAGCAAACACCCUGACCAGGUGCUACACUGCCAUGAAGGACGCAGGCGUAAAGAUCCAAGGGAUGCUGGAGGAGAAUGCGAACCUGCUGAGGGCUGAUGUGACAGCGCAGGCAUGGCUGGACUAUGUGGAUUAUGUGGACGGGAUUGUGCUGGGCGGGCUCUUCAGAUUUGUCCGCAGAUCUCUGCAGCUGCUGCUCAACAACAUGGCCCCUGAUGCCAACGUGGCCCCUUUGUUCGAGGUGCAAAUGGAGCUGCGUGAUGGCAGAGUGCAGUACCGGCCCUCGCUGGAGCUGGGAGGGGAAAACAGCUUCCUGGAGCUCACGGAGAGCUUGCUGAGUGAUCUCUUCGGGGCCGCAGUGUGCAUCCCUCGCCUGCUGCCGGGGAAGCUCAGCUACAAGACCACGCUGGAGGAGCACGAGGAGCUCAGCAGCAUGCGGGAGGAGGUGGUGAUGCUGGUGGUCGAUGCCAUGUCAGAAGGCGAGGAGUACAGCGCCGCGUUCCAGGAGCAGGCCCACCUGUGGCGGGAGGACCCCCAGCGGUUCCUGCAGCUCUUCCUCGCCUUCGGCGGUGCCCCCGUCCCCGAGGAGGAGGACACGAGGCCGGAGGAGCCCCUGCCCCAAGGGGCCCCAUCCCUCAAGCACUUUCAAGAGGAGAUUGACACAUGCGAGGUGCUGUGCACGGAGGUGUCGGGGUUUGCCAACACCAAGGUAUUUGGGGGGUGGCUGCAGAGCGACUGCCGCCCCUUCAAGCAGGCGCUGCUGAAAACCAUCAAGGAGCGGGGCCUGGUGCUCCGGCAGCACCUCAUGGACCACGUCACCAACAGCCUCAUGGACCUGGAGGAGUUCAUCAACGACACCAACACCGGCUUGAGUAAACCUCUGGAGGAGGGAGACUAUGACGGGCUGGUGGCAGUGAUGGGGCACCUGAUGAGGGUCAAGGAGAGGCAAGCGACGACCGACACCAUGUUUCAGCCCCUGAGGGAGGCGAUUGCCCUGCUCAGCAUGUACGGAGUGGAGAUGCCAGAGAGAGUCCACCUGCAGCUCCAGGAGCUCCCCGAGCACUGGGACAGCACCAAGAAGCUCUGCCUGCGGGUGAAGCAGGAGGCAGCACCGCUGCAGGCCAGUGAGGCCAGCACCAUCCGCAGGAAGUGCCGGCAGUUCGAGGUCCAGCAGCAAAUCUUCCAGGAGAGGUUCCGGGAGGGUGCCCCGUUCCUGUUCACGCACCAAGACCCCUACGAGGCCUUGAACACGCAGCGGAAGCUGAUCACGGCCAUGGAGGGUGACCUGGCUGCCCUGUCCGAGUCAGCCGGGCUCUUCGAAGUGCUGGUCCCAGAGUACAAACAGCUCAAAGCGUGCCGGCGGGAGGCGUGCCUGCUGAAGCAGCUCUGGGACAUGAUCACCCUGGUUAACACCAAUAUCGACGACUGGAAGACCACCAGGUGGAAGGAUAUUGAUGUUGAGCAGAUGGAUAGUGACUGUAAGAAAUUUGCUAAAGACAUUAGGAGCUUGGAUAAGGAGAUGAGAAGCUGGGAUGCAUUCAUAGGGCUGGACACCAGUGUGAAGAACAUGAUAACGUCCCUGCGUGCCGUGAACGAGCUGCAGAAUCCUGCCAUCAGGGACCGGCACUGGCAGGAGCUCAUGCAGGCAACCCAGGUGAACUUCACCAUGUCUGAGGACACGACCCUUGCGGAUGUGCUGCAGCUGAACCUGCACAACUUUGAGGAUGAGGUUCAUGGCAUCGUGGACAAAGCCAUAAAGGAGCUAGGAAUGGAGAAGGUGCUGAGCAGCCUGGACGCUACCUGGGCGACAAUGGAGUUUGAGCAUGAGCCUCACGCCAGGACUGGCAUCAUGCUGCUCAAGUUGGAUGAAGAGCUCAUUGAGACGCUGGAGGACAACCAAGUGCAGCUGCAGAACCUGAUGACCUCCAAGUACCUCACCUUCUUCCUUCAGGAGGUGUCAUCCUGGCAGUGCAAGCUGUCGACCGCUGACACCAUCAUCAGCAUCUGGCUUGAGGUACAGAGGACAUGGAGUCACCUGGAGAGCAUCUUCAUUGGCUCCGAAGACAUCCGCAGCCAGCUGCCAGAGGACUCGAAGCAUUUUGAGGCUAUUGAUAAGGAUUUCAAAGAAUUAAUGGCUGAUGCAGUAAGAACUCCCAAUGUGAUUGAAGCUACAAACAAGAGUGGUCUCUAUGAGAAGCUGGAGGAGUUGCAGAAGAGAUUGGUGGUCUGUGAGAAGGCUUUGGCUGAAUACCUCGAGACAAAAAGAAUGGUUUUUCCCAGAUUCUACUUUAUUUCCUCUGCAGACCUGCUUGAUAUUUUAUCUAAUGGGAACGAGCCAGUUGAAGUGUCCCGUCACCUCGCGAAGCUGUUUGACAGCCUGGCUAAGCUGAAGUUCAAGAAAGCUGUGGAUAACAAGCCCAUGAAGGUUGCACUGGGGAUGUUCAGUCUGGACGAGGAGUACGUGACUUUUGAUGCACACUGCACCUUGUCAGGCCAGGUGGAGGUUUGGCUGAACCGAGUGCUGGCCACCAUGCGCUCCACACUGCGGUCCCUCAUCCGUGAGGCCAUGGUCACCUACGAGGAGAAGCCACGGGAGCAGUGGGUAUUCAACUACCCCGCACAGGUUGCUCUGACAUGCACCCAGAUCUGGUGGACCACAGAAGUUGGCAUGGCCUUUUCCAGGCUGGAGGAAGGCUAUGAGAACGCAAUGAAGGAUUACAACAGAAAGCAGGUUGCUCAGCUCAAUGCUCUGAUUUCACUGCUCAUUGGACACCUCGCUCCUGGAGACAGGAUGAAGAUCAUGACAAUCUGCACCAUUGACGUCCACGCCAGGGAUGUUGUGGCCAAAAUGAUCCUUGCAAAGGUGGAGAGCGCGCAGGAGUUCCCGUGGCAGUCGCAGCUCCGGCACCGCUGGGACAGCGGGGUGCAGCACUGCUGCAUCAACAUCUGCGACGCGCAGCUCCAGUACUCGUACGAGUACCUGGGGAACGCGCCGCGCCUGGUCAUCACCCCGCUGACGGACCGGUGCUACAUCACCCUCACACAGUCCCUGCACCUUUGCAUGGGGGGAGCCCCCGCUGGGCCCGCAGGCACCGGGAAGACAGAGACCACCAAGGACCUGGGCCGGGCCGUGGGCAUGAUGGUCUAUGUCUUCAACUGCUCUGAGCAGAUGGACUACAAGUCCUGUGGCAAUAUCUACAAAGGCCUGGCUCAGACCGGCGCCUGGGGCUGCUUCGAUGAGUUCAACCGCAUUGCAGUGGAGGUGUUGUCCGUGAUCGCUGUGCAGGUGAAGUCUAUUCAAGAUGCACUUCGUGCCAAGAAGAAGACCUUCAGUUUCCUUGGGGAGACGAUCAGCCUGGUCCCAUCCGUUGGGCUCUUCAUCACCAUGAACCCUGGCUAUGCAGGACGGACAGAACUUCCUCAAAACUUAAAAGCUCUCUUCAGGCCCUGCGCCAUGGUGGUCCCCGACUUUGAGCUGAUAUGUGAAAUCAUGCUUGUUGCAGAAGGCUUUAUGGAUGCGAAGCUCCUAGCAAGGAAGUUCAUUACUCUGUACGCACUCUGUAAGGAGCUUCUGUCUAAACAGGACCACUAUGACUGGGGACUGCGGGCUAUCAAGUCCGUGCUGGUGGUAGCAGGCUCCUUGAAGAGAGAGGACCCAAACUCUGCUGAGGACCAAGUUCUGAUGAGAGCUUUAAGAGACUUCAACAUCCCCAAGAUCGUCACAGAUGACUUGCCCGUCUUCAUGAGGCUGAUUGGAGACCUGUUCCCAGCCCUGGAUGUUCCCAGGAAGAGGGACCUCCAGCUGGAGAAGGUCAUUAGGCAGUCUGUGCUGGAGCUGAAGCUGCAGGCAGAGGAGAGCUUUGUGCUGAAGGUGGUGCAGCUGGAGGAGCUGCUGCAAGUGAGGCACUCCGUCUUUGUCAUCGGCAGCGCCGGCUGUGGCAAGUCCCAGGUCCUGCGGUCGCUCAAUGAGACGUACAGGAACAUGCAGCGGAAGCCAGUCACCGUGGACCUCGACCCCAAGGCUGUGACCUGCGACGAGCUCUUCGGCGUUAUUCACCCGUCCACGCGGCAGUGGAAGGACGGUCUAUUUUCUACAGCAAUGCGUGACCUGGCCAACAUCACACAUAAAGGGCCCAAAUGGAUCAUACUCGAUGGAGAUAUUGACCCCAUGUGGAUUGAGUCCCUGAACACAGUCAUGGAUGACAAUAAGGUUCUCACCUUGGCCAGCAAUGAGCGCAUCCCCCUCAACCCCACCAUGCGGCUCCUCUUCGAGACCAGCCACCUGCGGACUGCCACACCGGCCACCGUGUCCCGGGCAGGGAUCCUCUACAUCAACCCCACUGACCUGGGCUGGAGCCCCAUUGUGACCAGCUGGAUCGAGACGAGGCCAGUGCAGUCCGAGAAGGCCAGUCUGACAAUCCUCUUUGACAAGUACCUGCCGGUGUGCCUGGACAAGCACAAGACCGCAUUCAAGAAGAUCACCCCUAUCCCUGAGGUCACGCUGGUUCAGAUGGUGCUGUUCCUGCUUGAGUGCCUCCUGACGCCACAGAACGUGCCGCCGGACUCGUCCCGGGACCUCUAUGAGCUCUACUUCGUCUUCGCCUGUACCUGGGCCUUUGGUGGGGCCCUGUUCCAGGACCAGCUCAUGGAUUACCGCCUCGAGUUCAGCAAGUGGUGGCUGAGCGAAUUCAAAACUAUCAAGUUCCCUUCUCAGGGGACAAUUUUUGACUACUUCAUCCAUCCGGAAUCGAAGAGAUUCACUCCCUGGUCUGAAAAAGUGCCAGAAUUCAACCUCAGCCCUGAUGUCCCUUUGCAGGCCUCCCUGGUGCACACCACCGAGACCACGCGCCUGCGCUUCCUCAUGGACCUGCUGGUGGAGAAGAAGAAGCCGGUGAUGCUGGUGGGCAAUGCGGGCACGGGGAAGUCAGUCCUGGUGCGGGACAAGCUCGAGACGCUCAGCACAGAUGAAUACCUCGUGCAGUUUGUGCCUUUUAACUUCUACACCACCUCAGCCAUGCUGCAGGCUGUCCUCGAGAAGCCCCUGGAGAAGAAAUCCGGGAGGAGCUACGGCCCGCCUGGGAGCAAGCGGCUCAUCUACUUCAUUGACGACAUGAACGUGCCGGAGGUGGACGAGUACGGCACCGUGGCACCGCACACGCUCAUCCGGCAGCACUUGGACCACGGGCACUGGUACGACAGGACCAAACUGACCCUGAAGGACAUUCACAACUGCCAGUAUGUGGCCUGCAUGAACCCAACAGCAGGAUCCUUCACCAUCGACUCCAGGCUGCAGCGCCACUUCUGCGUCUUUGCCGUGAGCUUUCCGGGCCAGGAGGCCCUGCAGAGCGUGUACAGCAGCAUCCUCACGCAGCACCUCGCCCUGCAGAAGAUGCCUGCGCCUGUGCAGAGGCUGCAGUCACAGCUGGUCACAGCAGCACUGGCCCUCCACCAGAAAGUCGCCUCCACCUUCCUGCCAACAGCCAUCAAGUUCCACUACCUCUUCAACCUGCGGGACCUCUCCAACAUAUUCCAGGGUUUGCUGUUCUCCACCCCUGAAUGCCUGAAGAGCCCCGUGGAGCUGGUGCGCCUCUGGCUGCACGAGGCUGAGCGGGCGUACGGAGACAAGCUCAUGGAUGGAGAGGAUCAAACCACCUUCAGGAAGGUGCUGGGGGACACCUGCAAGAAGUACUUUGGGCACCUCGGUGAGGACGUGUUGUUUGCCAAGCCCAACAUCUUCUGCCACUUUGCCCAGGGAAGGGGGGAUCCCAAGUACCUGCCGGUGCCGAGCUGGCCGGCCCUCAACAAGCUGCUGGGGGAAGCCCUGGACAGCUACAACGAGGUGAACGUGGCCAUGAACCUGGUGCUCUUUGAAGACGCAGCCUCCCAUAUCUGCAGAAUUAGUCGGAUCUUAGCGUCUCCCUGGGGCAACGCGCUGCUGGUGGGGGUUGGAGGCAGCGGCAAGCAGAGCCUGGCACGGCUGGCAGCUUACAUGAGCAACCUGAAAGUGUUCCAGCCCAUGCUGAAGAAAGGCUACAGCAUCCAGGACCUCAAGCUGGACCUCGCCGCCCAGUGCAUGAAGGCAGCGGUGCAGAACAUCCCCACCGUGUUCCUGAUGACGGACUCCCAAGUUGCUGAAGAAGCGUUCCUGGUCCUAAUCAAUGACUUCCUGGCGGCUGGGGAGGUGCCGGGGCUCUUCCAGGGGGAUGAACUCGAGGACAUUUUCAGUGCCAUGAAACCUGAAGUGAAAUACCUUGGAUUGCAAGAGACGAGGGAAAACUGCUGGAAAGUAUUCAUAGAGAAAGCCAGGCGUCAGCUGAAGGUCAUCCUCUGCUUCUCCCCGGUGGGCUCGGCCCUGCGGGUGCGUGCCCGGCGGUUCCCUGCCCUGCUGACCUGCAUGGCCAUCGACUGGUUCCACGAGUGGCCCGAGGAUGCGCUCGUGUCCGUCAGCAGCCGGUUCCUGGAGGAGACAAAGGACAUUGGGCCCGAGGUCAAGGUCUCCAUCAGCAAGUUCAUGGCAUACGUCCACAUAAGUGUGAAGGAGGUAUCCCAGCUGUACCUGGCCGCGGAAAGGCGCUAUAAUUACACCACGCCAAAGAGCUUCCUGGAGCAGAUACAGCUCUACCAGAACCUGCUGGCGAAAAAAAGGGGCGAGCUCAGAGCCAAGAUCGAGAGGCUGGAGAAGGGGCUGAGGAAGCUGCAGAGCACAGCGUCCCAGGUGGAAGCCCUGAAAGCCACUUUGGCAAUGCAGGAGGAAGAGCUGAAGGUGAAGAAUGAGAACACGGAUAAACUGAUCCAUGUGGUGGGUGUUGAGGCAGAGAAGGUCAGCAAGAAGAAAGCCAUCGCUGAUGCAGAGGAGCUGAAGGUCCAGGCCAUCAACAAGCUCGUGACUGAGAAGCAGCAAGCCUGCGAGACCGACCUGGCAAAGGCAGAGCCGGCGCUCCUGGCUGCCCAGAAGGCCCUCGACACUCUCAACAAGAACAACCUGACAGAGCUGAAGUCCUUCGGGUCGCCACCCCAAGCAGUGGUGAACGUGACAGCAGCUGUGAUGGUGCUGACAGCCCCCAAGGGCAUCAUUCCGAAGGACAGGAGCUGGAAGGCAGCAAAAGUUAUGAUGGGAAAAGUAGACACUUUCCUUGAUGCCUUAAGGAAGUACGACAAGGAGCACAUCCCUGAGUCCUGUCUCAAGGCAUUUAUGCCCUACCAGUCAGACCCCACUUUUGAUCCGGAGUUCAUCAUGUCCAAGUCAGCGGCUGCCGCGGGCCUGUGCUCCUGGUGCCUCAACACCGUCCGCUUCUACGAGGUGCACUGCGAGGUGGAGCCCAAGAGGCAGGCGCUGCUGGACGCCAACGCCGAGCUGGCGGCGGCGCAGGAGAAGCUCGCUCACAUCAAGAGCAAAGUGGCCGAGCUGGACGCCAACCUCGCAGCUCUCACCGCCAAAUUCGAGCAAGCUACGGCUGAAAAGCUCAGCUGUGAGCAGGAGGCUGAGGCAACCAACAGAGUCAUCACGCUGGCAAACAGACUUGUCAGAGGCCUGGCAUCCGAAAACGUGCGCUGGGCUGAGUCGGUGGAGAUGCUCAGGGCGCAGGAGAACACGGUGUGCGGGGACGUGCUGCUCAUCUCCGCCUUCGUGUCCUACGUCGGCUACUUCACCAGGAAGUACAGGGGGCAGCUGCUGGACCAGCACUGGAUCCCUUUCCUCAGCAGGCUGGAGGUGCCCAUCCCCAUCACGCCGGGGCUGGACCCCCUCAGCCUCCUCACUGACUCUGCUGACGUGGCUACCUGGAGCAACCAGGGGCUGCCGAGCAACCGCACGUCCGCCGAGAAUGCCACCAUCUUCUGCCACACCGAGCGCUGGCCCCUCGUCGUGGACGCCCAGCUCCAGGGCAUCAAGUGGAUCAGGAACAAAUACGGGGAGGAGCUGCAGGCCAUGCGCCUGGGCCAGAGAAACUACCUGGACAUCAUCAAGCGGGCGGUUUCUGAGGGACAGACGCUGCUGAUCGAAGGCCUGGGUGAGACGGUGGAGCCGGUGCUGGACCAUCUGCUGGGCAGGAACACCACCAAGAAGGGCAGGUACAUCAGAAUAGGAGACGAGGAAGUGGAAUAUAACCCGAGCUUCCGCCUGAUCCUGCACACCAAGGAUCUGAACCCGCACUACAAGCCGGAGGUGCAGGCUCAGUGCACCCUCAUCAACUUCCUGGUGACGCGGGAGGGACUGGAGGAGCAGCUGCUGGCUGCUGUGGUGGCCAAGGAGCACCCGGACCUGGAGGCUCUGAAGGCAAACCUCACCAAGAGCCAGAAUGAGUUCAAGAUCAAGCUGAAGGAGCUGGAGGACUCGCUGCUCGCCUGGCUCUCUGCUGCCGGGGGGGACUUCCUGGGGGACACGGUGCUGGUGGAGAACCUGGAAACCACAAAGUGCACGGCCAUGGACAUAGAGGAAAAGGUCAAAGAAGCAAAGGUCACCGAAGCACAAAUAAACGUUGCUAGAGAGAACUACCGCCCAGUGGCAGAGCGAGCGUCGCUGCUCUACUUCAUCCUGAGCGACCUCAACAAGAUCAACCCCAUCUACCAGUUCUCUCUCAAGGCGUUCCAUGGGAUCUUCGCCAAAGCCAUGGAGCGCGCGACGCCCAGCGAUGACGUCAAGGAGCGGGUGAUGAACCUGACGGACGAGAUCACCUACUCGGUCUAUGUGCACACAGCACAAGGGCUCUUUGAGAGAGACAAGCUCAUCUUCCUGGCCCAGGUUGCCUUCCAGGUCCUCAUCCUCAAGAAAGAAGUGAACCCCGCAGAGCUGCACUUCCUGCUGCGCCUCCCUGCCAGGCCCGGCGCCACCUCCCCCGUGGGCUUCCUGCAGCACCGCUGCUGGGGCGCCAUCAAGGUGCUCUCAGAAAUGGAGGAGUUCAGGAGCUUGGACACUGACAUUGAGGGCUCAGCAAAGCGAUGGAAGAAGUUUGUGGAGUCAGAGGUGCCCGAGAAGGAGGAGUUCCCCAGGGAGUGGAAGAACAAGUCUGCGCUGCAGAAGCUGUGCAUGCUGCGGUGCAUGCGGCCAGACAGGAUGACCUACGCCAUCAGGGACUUUGUGGCAGAGAAGAUGGGGAGCAAGUACGUGGAAGGCAGGAGCGUUGAGCUUGCCGAGGUGUACAGGGAGAGCAGCCCCUCCACGCCGCUCUUCUUCAUUCUCUCCCCUGGCGUUGACCCCCUGAAAGAUGUGGAGGCCCUGGGCAGAAAACUGAACUUCACCAUUGAAAACGGGAGGAUCCACAACGUGUCACUGGGGCAGGGCCAGGAACCCGUGGCAGAAAGAGCCCUGGAGGUGGCAGCUGAGCAGGGGCACUGGGUCAUCCUGCAGAACAUCCACCUGGUGGCCCGGUGGCUGCGCACGCUGGAUAAGAGAGUGGAGCAGUACAGCACGGGCAGCCACAGUGACUACCGGCUCUUCCUGAGCGCCGAGCCGGCCCCCACCCUCGAGUCCCACAUCAUCCCACAGGGGCUGCUGGAGAACUCCAUCAAGAUCAUCAACGAGCCCCCGACGGGCAUGUUCGCCAACCUGCACCGAGCCCUCGACCUCUUCACACAGGAUACCUUGGAGAUGUGCACCAAAGAAAUCGAGUUCAAACGCAUCCUGUUUGCGCUCUGUUACUUCCACGCAGUGGUGGCUGAGCGGCGCAAGUUUGGUGCCCAGGGCUGGAACAGACCUUACCCCUUCAGCAACGGGGACCUGACCAUAUCCAUUAACAUCCUGUUCAACUACCUGGAGGCCAACCCCAAGGUGCCGUGGGACGAUCUCCGGUACCUCUUUGGUGAAAUCGUGUACGGGGGCCACAUCACGGAUGACUGGGACCGCCGGCUGUGCCUCACGUACCUCAGCGAGUACCUCCGCACGGAGAUGCUGGACGGGGAAGUGCACUUGGCUCCAGGGUUUCUGGUCCCUCCCAGCUUGGAUUACAAGGGCUACCACUCGUACAUCGAUGAGAACCUGCCCCCCGAGAGCCCCUACCUGUACGGGCUGCACCCCAACGCGGAGAUCGGCUUCCUCACCAUCACCUCCGACCGGCUCUUCCGCACCCUCCUGGAGAUGCAGCCCAAGGAGUCGGACGCAGGAGGUGGUGCGGGCAACUCCCGAGAGGAAAAGGUGAAGUCAGUCCUCGACGAGAUCAUGGAGUGGCUGCCAGAGCCCUUCAGCAUGGCCGAGCUCAUGGCUAAAGCUGAGGAGAAGACCCCAUACAUGGUGGUCGCCCUCCAGGAAUGUGAAAGAAUGAACUUCCUGAUGCAUGAGAUCAGGCGCUCGCUGAGGGAGCUGGACCUGGGGCUCAAGGGUGAGCUAAUGAUCACGGCCGACAUGGAGGACUUGGCAAAUGCGCUCUUCUACGACACCGUUCCCGAGUCCUGGGCCCGCUCUGCCUACCCCUCUCUCCUCAACUUAGGAGCCUGGCUUGCAGACAUGCUCCUGCGCAUCAGGGAACUGGAAAUGUGGACAACAGACUUUGUGCUGCCUGCAACGGUGUGGCUGGCAGGAUUCUUCAACCCCCAGUCCUUCCUCACGGCCGUCAUGCAGACCACGGCCAGGAAAAACGAGUGGCCACUGGACAAGAUGUGCCUCGCAGUGGACGUGACCAAGAAAAACCGUGAGGAGAUAACAGCUCCGCCCCGAGAGGGCUCCUACGUGCAUGGAUUGUUCAUGGAAGGCGCGCGCUGGGACAUCCCCUCGGGUACGAUCGCAGACUCGCGGCUGAAGGAGCUGACGCCCAUGAUGCCGGUCAUGUUCAUCAGAGCCAUCCCUGGGGACCGCGUGGACACCAAGGACAUCUACGAAUGUCCUGUCUAUAAGACACGAACACGAGGUCCCACCUACGUCUGGACCUUCAACCUGAAGACAAAAGAGAAAGCUGCUAAGUGGGUCCUGGCCGGUGUGGCUCUGCUCUUACAGAGCUGAAGUGGAAUGACCGUGGGAAACAGCAAAUCCUUUUACUUGCAAAAAUAACUCAGUGUUGUGUAACUUAGGCUAAGGUUGAUUGUACCAAAGUAUUUUAGCAAAGUAUCAAUAAAGCCAUGCAGGGGCUGCU